GUGGCCAAGAGUGCGCAUGCGCAGAAGCACAUCCAGCUGCAACAGAGUGCGAGUUUCUCUUCGAAACACAACGGGGUGAAAACACACACCGCUUCACAUUAAAGCCCAGUGCAGAGAGACAGAACGACUGAACACACACACACAUUAAAGCGCAAGUGUGUGUAUUAGUGUGUGCACGCGGGCAGGAGGACUCGCGGUUUGGUGCAAUGUGGGCUUGCUGCUGUUAGUAGAGCAUGGGUACAACUGCUAGUGCUGCCCCUCCACCAGCCUGUGAAGUUUUCCAUAGCAACACCAUGAUGGACAGCAGACAGCCACUAAGCCCCGCCCCCUUUAUACACAAGAACAGAGCCAAAUCCAUCAUCACCAAUAAAGUGGCUCCAGUCGUUAUCACCCUUAAUUGCAAACAAGAGUUUCAGAUUCAUGAUGAUGUCAUCAAGACGAAUUACAAAGUGGGAUGCAUUUCUGAUAACAUGCCUGAACAUUUCCUGGUGCAGGGCUCCUACUUCAUGGUGUUAGACGUGUUCAGUAAAGCAGAUGUUCUCAACACCACUGUGACGUGCGGCGCUCCGAACUUCCGGCAGGUCAGAGAAGGUUACCCAGUAUUCGGAAUGGGUCAGCCCAGCCUGGGGGGUUUCAAACAGGUCCUGUACACGCUGCAGAGUCGAGGGCAUGAGGAGGUGAUAGUUUUCUGUGUAAGGGAGGAGCCGGUGGUGUUCCUGUGUGUGGAGGAUGACUUUGUUCCGUACACUCCAAGGAAAAAAGAGAACCUGCAUGAAAACCUUCAGGGUCUGAGUAAGAACAUUCAUGUGGAGAACCUCGAACUUAACAUCAGGAAAGAGCUGCAUGACUUUGCCCGGCUGAAUGAGAACACCUUCUACGUCUACAACAACGUAGAGCAUUUUAAGGAUGAACCUCAGAGGAUCCUCAUCACCUGUGAAGAGGACAUUCACGUCACUGAAGAGGUCUACAAGAGACCUAUUUUCACCCUGCCGUCUUACAGGUAUCACCGCCUGCCCCUGCCAGUAGAGGGCGCCCCAUUGGAGGAGCAGUUUGACGCCUUUGUGAACGUGUUAAAGGAGACUCCGAGUCUGUGUGUGAACGUGGGCGGAGCCUGUCCUCCCCCCGCCCUGCUGUUCAGCUGUCAGGUCGGUGUGGGUCGUACCAACGUGGCCAUGAUCCUGGGGACUCUGGUGGUGCAGAGAGUGAUGGGAGAUACAGAAUCCUCACCAUCUACACACACACUUGAUGAGGAAAAAUCAAACCCUGAGGCGAAAGUUCACUUCCGGGUCAUCGAUGCUCUCAUCAGAAAGCUGCCUAAAGGUCAACAAGUUGUAGAUGAGGUGGAUCGAGCUGUAAGUCUUUGUUCUGAAAUGCACAACAUUAAAGAUGCUAUUCAUGAGAACAAGAAGAAGCUGGAGGCCAUCGCAGAGGAUUAUCAAACCCAGGGAAACAGUACAAAGCUGUACUUCCUACAAAGACUGAUUCAGAGUUUGGAACUUUAUUUCUACCUGAUCCUCUUCAACGCCUACCUGCAUGAACAGUAUCCACUUGCUUUUUCUCGGAGUUUCAGCCAGUGGCUCUGUGCGAAUGCCUGGGUGUACCGCCUCCUGUCCUGCCUCAACCAAUCAGAGCUCAGCGCACCUGCUGACCUCAUCACAAAAGGAGCCAGAGUCCUGGUGGCUGAUGAAUUCUUGGCUCCAGAUGUUCUCCUCACUGUAAAGGAAAUGAAGGUGGCAAAUUUCAGACGAGUGUCUAAAAUGCCCAUCUACGGAAUGGCACAACCUACAGCCGAGGCGGUGGGUGUGGUCCUGUCUUACCUGGCAGAUGAGAGGAGGCGGUAUUCUGUGGUGCUUUGGGUGUGUGUGCAGGAUGAGCUGGUGUUGGAGUGUAACGGUCAGAUCUUCUGCCCCAGAGAGCCGACAUGUCCUGAGCAAAACAUCUCGGUGUACAGGGCAUCAGCUCAGGAGAUAGAGGAGCUGGAGUGUUCCCUGAAGGAGGAGGUGUUAGGUUCUCAGAAGUGGUUGGAGGUGAUUCUGGAGAAGGAAAAGCAGAUGAAGAUGUUUAAAGGCUGCAGGACUUUACAGGAGAUCUUCAGCACACACAAGCAGACUCAUGAAGGCCUGCAGUACACACGCAUCCCUCUGCCUGAGUGUGCAGCACCUAGAGAGGAGGACUUUGACAGACUGCUGGAUGUGAUGAAGAGUGUGUUAGCUGAAGACUCUCAUGCUGCGUUUGUGUUUAAUUGUUCAAGCGGCGGUGGCAGGAGCACCACAGCCAUGACCAUCGCCACACUCACACUGUGGCACUUUAAUGGCUUCCCUGACUUUGGGGAGGAUGAAAUUGUCAGUGUUCCUGAUGCUAAAUACACCAAGGGGGAGUUUGAGGUGGUGAUGCGUUUGAUCAGAAUCCUCCCUGAUGGUCACAGGAUGAAGAGAGAGGUUGAUAUUGCACUGGAUUCAGUAAGUGAGACGAUGACGCCUAUGCACCAUCACCUGAGGGAGAUCAUCAUCUGCACAUACAGACAGAUGAAGAGCUGUACAAAGGAACAGGAGCACAGGUCUCUGAUGUUGAAGAGUCUGCAGUAUCUGGAGCGUUAUAUUUACCUGAUACUCUACAACACCUACCUGCACCUGGAGAAGAAGAACUCACUCCAGCGCUCCUUCUCUACAUGGAUGCAACAGGUAGCAGCUCGAGCAGGAGUGUAUGACCUCCUGAACCAGCUGACGUUCUCUGAGUUUGAGAACCUAAAAGACUCGACGUUUUCUCGUCUUCGCUCCCGAUGGAGAGAACAGACCAACUGGAACCUUCCAUUUAGGGGGAAGAUGAUCUGAGGGCAGGUCGGGUGGGGGAGAAGAAGGGACUCGAGCUGAUGGAAAGAUUAGAAAUCUGACGAUGCUGAUGUUUGAUGAUCACUGUGCUUUGGGACAUGUUUAACUUUAAUAUUCCUUCUGUUUUAAUGAGAGAAAUGAAUUUUAGUGCCUGGUUCCUUUAAUCCAGUUUCUCUCCAUGUCCAGUUUCUCUCCAUGUCCAGUUUCUCUCCAUGUCCAGUUUCUCUCCAUGUCCAGUUUCUCUCCAUGUCCAGUUUCUCUCCAUGUCCAGUUUAUCUCCAUGUCCAUUUGUCUCCUCGUCUUAUUCUUUUACUGAAGUUAAAACUGAUCCUCAUGGGAAUAAUAAUUUACUUUAAACAUGAGAACACCGACACGGAACCUCCGGGUCCAAAGGGGAGGAGCUUGUGUUACAUUAGAUCAGUAGUUUGUGGAACAUGACUAUGAGGAAUCAUCUGCUUCUGCUUUACACAGUAGUCGUAGCUUCAUAAGCUCUCAUCCUGCUCAUUAGACAUGGCACAGUAACUGACGUUGUGAUGAAACCCAACACAGAACAGGACCUUAUAUCAAUCCACAUCCAGCCAAGAAAACGACAGUAUUAUGGUUUUUUCUUUAUAUAAUUUUUUUUUCAUUUAGUCUGUAAAUCCCUUCUUUAAUCCACACGUUGUUUACUUUACAUUUCAAAUCAUUUUCACUUUAACUCUUAUUAAUGUUGUUAACAAUGAAGAGCAGAUUUUUAUGAUGUUACUUUUGCAUAUUUUUAGUAAAUGAUGUUUCUGCACUCAGCAUUAAAUGUUUUAAACAACUUUA